GAAACAGGAUGGAGAUUCUGGCAGAAAUUCCGGGAAUCAGAGUUUUAAAGAGAUUUCAGUACCAGGGAGUUGGAAUGUUUGUUUAUUUUUGCCAAGCUGCUAUGGGCGGAUAGAAGGCAAACUAGAUGGUAUGCAUGAGUAUAAUCCAUCGGUAAUCUUUUAGAUUGAUAACGAGUGGGGAAACAUGUAGAGAAUGGGGACAAAAUCAUCCGAUUACAGUAUGGCCGUGGAUUAGCGUGGGUGAGUGGUCUGCUGCCUGGUGUACGGUGUUGCAUUUAUGCGCGAGCUCUUAUUAGGUUCAAUAGUGGGAUGCGGAAAAGAGAAAAUAGAGUGAAAAUCAGUAGGAAAUAGUCUGGCGAUGGUGAUAGGCAGGAUGGAAAAUGUUGGAAGAGCUUAAAUGCGUGCUACAGUGGCGGUAGAAUGGCCCAACAUUAAAGGAGGGGAUGAACGCAAAGGGCUAGUACAGAGUGCGUCGUCGGGACGCGUUCUCAGUAGCGUCGCAACGCUUCGACUGGUCGGUCGCAAAGUCCUGCGUCGACAAUGACGUGUGUUCUUGACGCGGUCACCAUCACACGCUUUGUGAGGUUGCAUUGGCUGAUGGUGUCGAUACUGGAGAGCACGGCUAGCUCGGCAGAAGCGACAUCCGUUGUGAGAAACUGGACCUCUCAGCAGGACGUUCUACUGCCACCACUCGUACAGAGCACAGACUCCGGUUGCACGUGCAAGAACCUCACCGGCUCCGACUUAACUGGCUGCACGUGCCGUGGUGAUGACCUCAAGCACAUCCCAGACAACCUAGCUCCCAAUCUGCGCACACUAACUGUAACGAACGCAGCCAUCGAGGUUAUCGAAGCAGACAGCUUAAUUUCUUAUCGAAGCACGCUUGCAGAUGUCUCGUUGAAUCACCUAUCCCGUCUGAGAGUUAUUGAGCAAGGAGUUUUCAACAAUCUUCCAGCCUUGAGAACAAUAGUUAUCAACUACGCUCCUUCCCUAAAGAGCAUUCCAGAUGCCUUUUUUCGAACUUCACUGCCGGAGCUGAGAAUAUUCCGUUGCACUUACACAGGUCUGGGCGUAGUUCCAGCUAUGAAAUAUUUAGGAUCCAAGCACCCAAUGAGCAUAAUUGAUUUGGAUAACAAUCAAAUAGAAAAGCUCACAAGAGGAAGCAUACAAGUUACAAGCGAUCAACUAUGGUUGAACUAUAACAAGAUAAGAGAGAUAGAGGCUUUAGCUUUCUUCAACAGUACCCUAGCGACCCUGAGUCUAAAGGGAAACAGAGAGCUGAAAAUGUUGGACAGUGAUGCUUUCACAGGCCUUAGAAGUCUUCGUCAUUUGGAUCUUUCAGACACUUCAAUAACAUUCCUACCAACCAGUGGAUUGAGAGGCUUGGAAGAACUCAAAAUUCAAGGAACAAAGUCACUGAAAGUUUUCCCAUCAAUUUACAGUUUUGAUUCGCUGAAAGAGGUUUGGUUGACAUAUUCGUGUCACUGUUGCGCAUUCCAUUUCCCCGCGCAGCACGAUCCGCUCGGCUAUUUACGACACCAGGAAUUCAUGCUCCGGAUAAAGGAAGAGCAAUGUACGAGUCAGAAAAAUCAUCACACGGAAUUAAAGAAGCACCAUGGGAUGGGUGCAUUCGAUCAGGAUUGGGGAUUUUCAGUGACCAAAGUGCUUCCAACUGGAUCAUUCCUAGAAGGACAGUUCCAUUCAAUUGUAUCAACUAACAAGAAGAUCAAUGCUCUGUGCGGAAACAUAUCGAAGAACUAUGAGGAGGUGAAAUGCUUUCCGCGGCCAGACGCGUUCAACCCGUGCGAGGACCUGAUGGGCAACUGGGUGCUGCGGGUGGCCGUGUGGCUGGUGGCCAUAUUGGCCCUGCUUGGCAACUUGGCCGUGCUGCUAGUGCUACUCAGCUCCCGCUUCCGCAUGACUGUGCCCAAGUUCCUCAUGUGCAACCUGGCCUUGGCCGACCUCUGCAUGGGCCUCUACCUCCUCCUCAUCGCAAUAAUGGACGCUCGCUCCAUUGGAGACUACUUCAAUUAUGCUAUUGACUGGCAGAAUGGUAUUGGAUGCAAAUUGGCAGGAUUUCUGACAGUUUUUGCCAGCGAGUUGUCAAUCUUCACAUUAACUGUAAUAACAUGUGAAAGAUGGUACACAAUAACCUAUGCAAUCCAUCUCAACAAACGACUGAGACUGUCAUCGGCCGCCCAAAUUAUGGUACUUGGAUGGAUCUACUCCAUUACCAUGGCAACCCUACCUUUCUUUGGUAUAAGCAGCUACUCUAUCACGAGCAUCUGCCUGCCAAUGGAGAACGCCAAGACUAGCGACCUGGUGUACCUGGUGACACUGCUGGUGUUCAACAGUCUGGCGUUCUGGGUGAUCUGCGCCUGCUACAGCCGCAUGUACGUGUCGAUUCGCGGCGGCCAGGGCCAGGCGACGGCCGACCCACUCUCCUGCCCCGACAUGCGGGUGGCCAAGCGGAUGGCUCUGCUCGUCUUCACCGACUUCGCGUGUUGGGCGCCAAUCGCCUUCUUUGCACUCACCGCCCUGGCUGGCCUCCCGCUCAUCGAUGUGCCCAAAACUAAGAUAUUGCUCGUCUUCUUCUACCCGCUCAACUCUUGCGCCAAUCCCUACCUCUAUGCGCUGCUCACACAGCAGUACCGUCGCGACUUCUUCAUCCUACUGAGCAGGUACGGCCUGUGCUCGAAGCGAGCGGCUCAAUACAAGGGCGCAUACGGCACUAGUGUGAGAUGCGGCAUGGGGCAGGAGACAAAGUGCAACGCGACCGGGGGCGGCGAUGCUUCCGCCCCCAACCACCGCGGCUCCUUCCUCACCACCCUCACCUCGUUCGACUGCUCGUCGAAGCCUGCCUCCCUCACCACUGUACCCGAGUGCCUCAACAAACCUCUCCAAAUAUUCUCCGUUGACUCGGUGCACAGUAUCAAAGAUAUUUGCGACGCUAAACAGAAAAGAAACUCUGUUCAGGCUACAUCUGCUCUAUAAGACUAGUCUAAGUGGAAAAUGUGUCAGAAUCGAGCUUGUCUAUUCUAUAGUCUUAUUGAAAUAAACCCCUGCCAACACUUCCCUGAAACAAGUAUCUUUUCUACUGAUUACUCGUAUAAAGUCAGUUGUUGAAUGCAUUGUGAAUAAAAAUAACUCUCAGUCUAUUUUCAUUAUUUAUUGGUAGUCUACUCACUGUAAAUAAUUUUUUCGUAUUCGUUGAGGUGAAUUCAACCUUUCCAUAAUAAUUAAAAAACACAGUUUUAUUCUUGUCACAUCAACUGCAGGAUUCUUUCUAUCACAAGGACUGCAGUUUUAUGUUGACAGCUCUUCAGCUAAAGAAAAUGUGAUAUAAAUCUUGUAUAAAUGUCUAAUAAAUGUGGAUAUGACAAAAAAACUGUGUUUUCUUAAUCAUGGGAAAAUGUUACAAUAUCAAUUCUCAUUCAACAAAUUUUUCAUAAGUUUGAAUUUUUCUCUAGUUGUUAUUAAUUCACAAUUUAUGAAAGUUAUGUAGGUAAUGUAGACGAUAAUUUCGCCCUUUUAUGAUUAGAUUGUAUUUUUAUUGUGUAAUGUUGUUAUUCAUUCACAAUACAUAAUUAAUAGAAAUUGAUGGAAGUAGUGUACGGUAGGCCUGCUGUGGAAAGUAGCACUAAUGUAAAUUGUGGACUUGAGAAUAGUUAUUCUGCUCUCCUUGAUAUGCAUUUUCACAAUCCAAUAAGUUACAUAUUCUUCUCUCUUCUUGUCUUCGAAAUCUUAUACUUUUUUCUAAAUCACCAGAGAAUUUCAAACAUUGUGCAAUGGCAUAUUUUUUGAAGGAUCAAAAAAAUAUUUUGAAAGAAGCUGAAAUGUUUCAAUUUUUAUUGUUGUAAAGCUAGUAGGUAUUUCGUAAUAGUUGUGAAUCAGUGCAUUGUUAUUUAACCUCUUUUCUAUCUUCAACUGUCUUGGGAUAGGGGUCUGAAAAGCCGGAAUUGAUUAAUAGUUCCCAACCAUACGUUUAAAGUGCUAUGAUAAUGAAAAUGAAUAGAUCAAAGUCUUCAUGAUCUGAUUUUUUUCAACUGUAAUAAGAAAUUACAAAAUUUGGAUAAUGCCCUCAAGAGGUUCCAUGACUUGAAAAACAUCACGUCACAUACUGGAUCAAGGAAUUUAUGGCAUAAAAUAAAAUUUUCUUUCUUAUAGAUUACUUUUCCUCAAAUACAGUACUGAUUAAGAAGUCCAAUGAACUUGCCGCAUUCCAGAGUGAGUGAGGCUGACUUUUCUGUUUCUUUUCAGAUCUCAUUUUAAUCUAUUGUAAAUUCCAAUGUACAUUAUAUAAGAAUAUUUACUUUUUAUUUUUCAUACUAUCUAUUGAAAAUGUAAUGUUGAUUUAUUAUGGAAAAAUAAAUGUAUAUCUUUU